UAUUUCGUAAGGUUCGCUUAUGACAUUUGGUGUUUAUUUUUUCGAGUAUACACUUAUUAAAAGUUCUUUUUAUUCAUUUCAAAUAUUAUGUGCGCCUAUAAUUUUUAUGGUUUUCGGAACGAUCAACCGCUGGAAUGGCCGCCACAUCUUGAGGAACCUUUCCACCAAGAUAAUAAACAUAAGACUUUGUGGAAUUGUGGCAUUUGUGGAAAAGAGUUCAAAACCAAAACACAAUUGGAUAACCAUGUAGAAAAACAUAACAAUGAUAAUGUUGAUCCACAAAAACCGAAGUCAAAGUUCCAAUGCAAUCAAUGUGACAAAAUUUCGCCCAAUUCAAAUGCAUUAUACAGUCAUAUUCGCCAGGUUCAUUGCGAAUCCAAGUAUAAAUGCCAUCUGUGCACGAAAUCAUUUAAGUUGGAAGAUUCACUUAAGGACCACAUCUCGAUGCAUCUUAAAAGCAAAAAUUACAAGUGCACCUACUGUGAUCAAGCUUUUGUCUGGCGUUCAAACAUGUACAAACAUCGAAAACAAUUGCAUAGAAAGGAGUGGCUCAGCGAAAAGAUGAAAGACACCAACUAAAAUAAAAUCGAAACAAAACUACCGCUUGAAAUUAAUUACACUGUAUUUUAAACAAUCACCUUCGUAAAUUAUUCAAAUAGGAAAACAAACACACAUACACACAUUUUUGUACGAAAUCUAAACGAUCUUGAAACAAUUUUCUCUUCAUUUCUUUUUAUUUUGAUUAUUUUUCGUAUAUUUUCUUCUUCUAAAUAUAAUUGAAAAUUGGAUACACUUGCAAUCUUGGUUAAAUUUUACGUGAAUAAAUGUAGUCAAGGUUUGAUUCAUUAAUAAAUAAACAAAAAAGUA